UUUGUUAGCCUGUUAAGCUAGCAGCUAAGCUAGCAACUCGUUGACGCGCAUCAGAGUAUCAUGGCAGCGCCGCCGCGGACAGUUCGCAAACUUCCAGCGCUCCCAGAGCUCUGACUGCGCCUCUACAGACUUUCUUAAAGGCUUCUGCGGUGUGAGGAUGCGAGGAAUGCCCGGUGUCCGCGAGAUGUCGGCGGAAAGCUGAGGAUUUGUGGAGCCGUCCCACCGUCGCUGCUGUACCCGGUCCAGCAGCCGCUCAGCGGACCACACCCUCCCCGCUUCCUCAUAGUAAUGCAGCGGGAGCGCGCAGCAUUACUUUGAAUCUCCGGGAAUAACGGCGACUUCCUCAGUCCAGCCUCCCGGAUCCCUGCUCCCACCCGGAGUUCUUAACCCACAACAGGUCAGCCGGUGACGGGUAGCGCUCGGACCGGUAUGAAUCUGAAAAGUGAGCGGCUACAGAGGAUAUGCGGGACUCCACACUCUCCAGUCCCGGGCUGAGCCGCGCAGGAGGAGCCGCUUCCACCGGGCUGUCUGAAACGGUACAGGACACAAGUGGACCCAGGGCUCGGUUGUGUUGUCGGACCAGCGCCCCUUCGGUGGAGUAAACUCCUUAUAAAUGAUGAUAGGAUGGUUCCGGAUGGACACAUGGAGCUUCACGCUGUCCAGCAGAGCCUCCAGGGCGGAGUAUCGAUCGGAACCAGCAUGAGCAGAGCAGGCGGGUCUGGGUGUGCGGGAACCAGGACUGGAUCGCGGCGCUGUUUUACAAAACUAGCUGUGAACAGAAAAUGAUGAUGUGCUGAGAUUCAUCCAGAACUCAAAUAUCCUGUUUGUAAUGUCGAGGUGAUGAAGAACACUGAGGUUCUGUUGGACUCUAGACGAUCCUGACAGGACCAAAGUUCUAAUGAAGUUCUGGUCCACAGGAACCGGGACUACGGCUCAGAUACAUACUCAGUCUGUGGCGUUCAGGGCAUUUAAGUUCGGAUCUUUACACACUGUGACUGUCAGUGGGAACCAGGUCAGGGUGUGAUUGAUGGAUGAAGCCAGUCAGUGAUUGUUUACAUUGAAAUGACGUCACAUGUAGUAAUCAGCUGACCUGAAGGAUUUAAGGACAUCUGUGGCCAGUUGAGAUUUAAAUCUUUAGUAAAACUCAGAAGUUAAAAUGUCUUAAUGGGAAAAAUGGAGCACAGCAGCAGGAAAGAAUAAUUAAGUGAUUCCUCCAGAAGAUCUUCAUCAUGGCGAGUGGCGGUUCUGGAAAGUCCGCUGGGGACGGGUCCAGCAGCCCGCUCGGUGCUAGUCUGCAGCAGAGGAAGCGGCUCUCUUCCAUCUGCGACGCCUGUAAGGCCAAGGUCCAGCUGGUGGCCGACCUCUUGCUGCUGUCCAGUGAGACCCGGCCGGUUCUGACUGCUGACGGAGUGGCGCUGGCCGACACCUUCGACCAGUGCAGGGACACAGUCAUCGCCCGGACCAAGGAGCUCUCCAUCCUCACCCACGACAUCCAGAGCCAGCUCAACAUGGGGCGCUUCACGGAGGUGGGAGACCGGCUGCUGGAGAUGGCGGACUUGGUGGUGUCGUUGACGGAGUGCUCCGCCCACGCUGCCUACCUGGCGGCCGUGGAGAGCCCCGGGUCUCAGCCCUGUCAGCUGGGUCUGGUGGACCGCUACAAGGUCACCCGCUGCCGCCACGAGGUGGAGCAAAGCUGCAACAUCCUGCGAGUCACGGCCUUAUCGGACCUCACCCCCCAGCUACUCCUGGAGGUCUCCCAGAACAUCUCCACCAACCUGAAGACUCUGACUGACAUCUCGUCGCUGGCCAGCGAGAGGUCCAGAGACCGUUUCGCCAAGGAGCAGUUCAAGCUGAGUGUGAAGAGCAUGAGCACCAGCGGCACCGCCUUCCUGGCCUGUGUCAAGGAGGUGAAGACCCAGCCCAGCGAGCUAACCCGGAACCGCUGCGUCCUCUUCAGCGCUGCCCUGGUCCAGGCCGUCAGCGCCCUGGUUGGCUUUGCUACGGAGCCCCAGUUCCUCGGACGGCCUGCCAGUGUCUCGGCUGAAGGGAAGGGGGUCCAAACCGCCGUGUUAGGGGGGGCCAUGAGCGUGGUCUCCGCUUGUGUCCUCCUCACUCAGGGCCUUAGAGACGUCGCCCAGCACCCCGACAGCAGUUCAAAAAUGGCUGACUACCGGGAGCGGCUGCGUAACUCGGCAUGCGCCGUGUCAGACGGCUGCACGCUGCUCACCCAGGCCCUCAGAGAGCGCUCCUCCCCCCGGACGCUACCGCCGGUCAACUCCCAUCCUGUGAAUUAGUUUAAUAAGAGGAACCACCAAAGAGACUUAUACGGCUGGUCCGGGCCGGUCCGGGCCAGGUCAGGCGGAGACUGAGGGAAAGGUGGACUGGGCCCAUUAAAGUGAGUCUGAACCAGCUGCAGGGUUCACGUUGCGCUGGAUGUGACUGAAACCCUGAUAGCUCUAAGCCAAUCCAGGUCAGCUGAUCUGAUCCGGGUCAGCUGAACUGACCUGAUCCAGGUGAGCUGAUCUGUUCCGAUCCGGGACAGCUGAACUGACCUGAUCCGGGUCAGCUGAUCUGAUCAGGAUCAGCUGUUGGCUUUCCAUCAGCACACUGCAGCAUAAGGCCUGAAGGUUUCCCUCAGUUUUCAGCCACCACCUCCAUCCAGGUGUAGAACCCGAUCAGAACUGGUUUGAGUGAAUCUGAAUUGUUAAGCUGCUGUGAGUGUGUGCCAUAGUUUUACACUAUUUACCAGAAUUCUCAUAGUAUUUUCCAGUGUUUUGACUUUGCAUGUAACAAAGUAUUUAUUUCAGUUAUUAAAGAUGUUGUUUCUCA